GUUUGUGGAAAUUACACGACCUGCAGUUCAGCCUGUUGACAUUUGCCUCCAAAAAAUGGAUAAUCAGUUGAUUUGAUGAAUUGUGUGAUAUAUGCUGGUGUUGAUAUGACGAUUUUAUAAAUUGGAGCUGUCUGCUUGGGCAGGUGUAACUGGCCGCGAUGGACGGACCAUACACUCGAGUUUUACUUAUUAGCGCAAAUGUUGGUUCAAUUUUUGAAGAUCCUGACCAUAUGCUGAAACUAUGGCUGUCAGAAUUCCUGAAGACCGUACAACAUUAUGAGCCUGGCCUGCUGGCUCUGCACUGCCAAGAAGUUGGUGGUAAAAACUAUGAAGCUUCCAUGCAACAUGUGAACUCUUUUGUGAAAUCUAUGCUAGGUUGUGAAGAACUACAGAAAUAUGACAGAGUACGUGUGUUUCUGGAUGAGGACUACACUGCUGCAGACAAGUUCACA